AUGAUGAUGAUUCGAGGAGAGCGCCAGAGAGAAGGCCGCCCGUGGAGGACACACUGUAUUUCCUCCAUACGGGCGGAUCAUUUGAGAGAGGGAUAA